CAGGAAAACACGGCUGGAGAUUCGUUCUAACCGUUUAUAUAUCAGUACGUUAAGAUAUCUACUCAGUUUUUAUUUCGGCUCAUAAAUAAAUAUUGUCUUAUUUUUAUAAUAAUAUAUAUUCAGUCAUUUUGUAAAAUGUGCUUUGAAUUAACACGUGGCUAGUCGGUCAUUACAUUUUUUUAAACGAGUGUUUGAUAAAAAAAAAAAAAAACUAUGUGAUAUUACUGGUAAUUAACGAUUAUUAAUUUAAUGAUGUAUAGAGGACUAGUUUUGUUAAAAAAUAUAAAUUACAUUUUUAGACGGUGAUUAUGAAAAAAAAAUUUUUUAUCUACUUACAAAGACUUAAUGUAAUGAAUAGUGAAUUUUAAAUGUUGAUAAAUAAGACGUCUCGAAGUGUCACCACGGUAUCGAUAAUUAUACGGACAAGCCAUGUUAUAAAUUAAUGUGCAUAAACAUUUGUCAGUUGAAAAGAUAAAAAAAAAUAAAUAAAAUAAAAAAAUAACAAAGAAUUGAGUUGGAUUUUAUAAAAUAAAUAACGAGAAAAGUGAUUUAAUUAAUCAAGAUGAGAAACGGAAAAAAAAUAUACGAAAUGAACGGGAAACCUUUGAACGGAUACGUUAAUAAGGCGAUGAACGACUCACAAGAAAAUUUGGGUAUCGAUAAACGCGACUCUUAUGAGCUUCAAAGUUCAAUUUGUGAAGAACGUCCUGAUUUGCAGUGUUCUUAUGACCUGAUCUUGAUGGAAGAGCCAGGAGAUGAUAGUGUCAAACGAAAAAGCAAUAUUGUCAAGUCGAUUUGUGAGUACACAGCACAUCGAGUCAAAAAAACGUGUACAAAAAAAAUGCUGUACAGGCGGUUACCAAUUUUGGGAUGGUUACCCAAGUACAAUGGGGACGAUGCACUUGGUGAUAUUGUUGCUGGUAUAACUGUCGGGUUGACAGUCAUCCCACAAUCACUAGCUUACUCAAAUGUUGCUGGGUUACCUUCGCAGUAUGGAUUGUACGGCAGUUUUUUGGGUACUUUUAUAUAUAUAUUUUUUGGAUCCUGCAAGGAUGUUCCUUUUGGACCAAGUGCGAUAGUAUCGUUGCUGACUUAUCAAACAGUAGCGCAAUUAGAUUCGCCUGUCGAACACGCGAUUCUUUUAUGCUGCCUCUGUGGUAUCAUACAAUUGUUCAUGGGAAUUUUUGGUCUAGGAUUUCUUAUCGACUUUGUAUCAGGACCAGUAAGUUCUGGUUUUACGUCGGCAGUUGCGUUAAUUAUUGUAACGUCUCAAAUAAAAGAUAUACUUGGAAUUCAAUCAAAAGGCACGACGUUUAUAAGUCUUUGGCAAAGUAUCGCUGAAGGGAUUCAUCAAACUUCUCAUUGGGAUACUACUCUAGGUGUUACUUGUAUAGUCGUUCUACUUUUUCUGAGGUAUGUCGCGACUAUUAAAAUUGGUCCAGUUGACGAAAAUAUGAGACCAACGAAACAUCGUGUGUUAAAUAAACUAGUCUGGCUCACCGGAACAUCAAGAAAUGCAAUAUUAGUUAUUGUGUGUGGAGUAUUAGGUUAUUACUUUGCCUCAAAAUCACCAUUUAAAUUAAUAGGAAAUUUACCGGGAGGAAUGCCUACUGUUAAACUGCCACCGUUCGGUUUUACCAAAGAUCAAAAUACUACACUGACAUUUAUGGAUAUGUGUUCAAAUUUAGGUAGCGGGCUCAUUGUUUUGCCGCUUAUUUCACUUAUGGAAGAUGUAGCGGUGUGCAAAGCAUUUAGUAAUGGAAAAUCAGUAGAUGCUACACAAGAAUUAAUUGCCAUUGGAUUAGCAAAUCUCGGGUGUUCAUUCGUACAAUCAUUUCCUGGUACCGGUUCACUUAGCAGAAGUGCUGUUAAUAAUGCUUCUGGUGUUCGAACUCCACUAGGUGGACUUUAUACAGGAAUAUUAGUUGUACUCGCGCUGCUAUUUCUUACACCUUACUUCUCCUUUAUACCCAAAGCAUGUUUAGCAGCAAUAAUAAUAUCCGCGGUUAUUUUUAUGGUCGAAGUCAAGGUGAUAAAACCAAUGUGGAGAACUAAAAAAUCUGACUUAAUACCAGGGAUAGCAACUUUCAUUGCAUGUCUAGUAUUGCAAUUAGAAAUAGGAAUUCUAGUUGGCAUAGGACUAAAUAUAUUAUUUAUUCUUCAUCAUGCAGCGAGACCGAAAAUUUCAUUGGAAAAACUUCGGAGUUGCCGCGGCGUUGAGUAUCUCAUGAUAACGCCAGAUCGUUGCCUGAUAUUCCCGUCAGUAGAUUACGUGAGAAAUCUCGUGACCAAGUACAGCUAUUGUGCUGGUAAUUCAAUGACACCGGUAGUUAUUGACUGCUCGCACAUUUACGGUGCUGAUUUUACAGCAGCUAAAGUUGUUGAAAGUCUAUCAAAAGAUUUUGCUACACGUAAACAACCGCUGUUCUUUUACAAUCUCAAACCUUCAGUUUACGCUGUUUUUGAGGGCAUCGAACCCACCGAUUUUAUUGUCUACUAUACGCAAGAAGCUCUAGACGAUUUAUUGAAAGACCGGGGGUUUUUUAAAGAAAAAUCAAAUCCUUCAGUUGCGUAAAUAAGUUAUAAAAAUGUAAUUAUGUAUUUAUUAUUUUUUUUUUUUUUUAGAUAUAAGGUAAGACCUAGUUCUCUUAUCGGGUACUGGGUCUCUUACCUUAAGGGCAUUCUCAGACGGUGCCUCUUAUUUUUUUAAAAUAUGCAAUGACUUUCUACUGUCAUAACCGUAUUCUAAUUUUGUUAAUUAAUUAAAACAAAAAUUUUAACUUUAAUUGAAAAAAGAGCAACGUAGUAAUUUUGCCGAGGUAUAGAAUUUUUUAAAAAUUACUUACAGUUGUCAUCAAUUAGGAGUUAAACAAAAUUUGAAAAUUCGAAUUAUAACAUUGAUAUGAAGACUUUAAUGAAAUUUAUUUUCCGAAUUUCGUUUCACUCCCAAUUGUAAUUUUUUUUUUAUAUCUAUACCUCAGAAAAAUUACUACUAAGUUGUUUUUUUUUCAAUUAAGGUUUCAAUUUUUUUUAAUCAAUUGAUGAAAUUUUGAUACGCUUACGACAAUUUAAAGUAAUUGAAAAUUUUUAAAAAGUGGCGGGCACUGUCUGAGAAUGGCUUUAAGAUAAAAAGUAUUAGAGUAUUGAAAAAUAAAUAUAUUUUUUAAGAUAAAGCAUUUACUGAAAUAUUUAAAUUGCAAAUAAGCGCAACAAGUGUUUAUUGUAUAAAAAUAGUACGUGCCUAAGUAUUUUUUAUCUGAUCUUAACUUUUAGUGAAUAUUUUAAGUAUUAGAAAAAGUUUAAAAAUUUAAUUCGUUAAAAUUAUUUAUUUUAUCGUGUAAUUAUCGAAGUAUUAAAUUAAUCAAACUCCACUUUUUGCAUGCUACUUAAUUAUGUUAAUAGACUAACCCAAUUAAUUUAUAAUUAUUCAAAUAAUUAUAUAUAUUAUCGACAUAAUUAAUUAUAUACCAUACCCAAUAGUAUUCUAUAUUAUUUUAUAAGCGCACGGUUAGCAAGAAUGUUUGGAAAAUACUGUGAUAAUUUUUUUUUUAAAUAUUUCAAUAAAAAAAAUUAUCUAUUAAAUUUUAAAAUUUAUGUAUACAAUCAUUGUUAAUAAAAAUAUAUAUUUAUCUACAAUAUUUAUGUAUAUAUAUAUUUUUAAAAAAUUUAACUGCACAGAAUAGGAUCUAUUGUAAAGUAAAUGUCAAUUUAAAUUAAUAUCGUACAAAUAUUUUAUUUAUUUACUAAUAUAUAUUUACAUUAAAUCUCUGUUAUUAGCAUUUAUUUUGGUAUUGAGCAAAAACGUGCAGUUUUAAAAUUAUAUCUGUAAUUAAUUACUAUACUUAUAUUAAUUAGUUUGAAAUUAAUUACUAUUCUAAUUAGUAGCUUUUAAGCUAUUGUAUUUUUAAUGUAGAUAGUAAUUAAUGUUGAGUGAAUGUUUUAUAAAAUUUAAACCAAUUGACUUCGAUCACAAGAAUUGACAUUAUUUAGUAUUAAUUUUAAUUAAUUAAUCGAUAUGUUUUAAUUAGUCAUUUAAAUAAUUUUAUGACCAACCGAAAUCCAUACGAGUCAACUGAUAGAAACGUUGAUUGAAUGGUCGGUAGAAAUUUUUCAAACGUUGAAUUGCCAUAGGAUCGAUGUACGGAUGACUACGUCCUUUAGUUUUACCUGAAAUGUAAAUAGAAAAAAAAACCAACAAAAACAAAAAAAAGUAAAAUGAAGUAAUUGUAAAUAAUUGUAAUGAUGUUUAAUUAAAAUAAUAAUAAAAAUAAUAACAAUAAUAA